AUGGCCAUAGUCCAAGAUAAAGACCACCCCAUCUCAUCACCCCAGCAUGAUGAUACGGAUGAAAAGAAGAGCACAAUCUCAGUGCCCCCAGAAGCUACCGAUGACGAGAAGCCAUUCCCGUUCUUCGGGCUGCUUUGCUAUGCUGAUAAGGUGGAUUGGCUCCUCAUGGCCCUGGGAACCCUCGGGUCUGCCAUCCACGGCAUGGCAUUCCCGAUCGGGUAUCUCCUUCUUGGGAAAGCACUUGAUGCCUUUGGAACCAACAUAAAUGACCAGGAGGGCAUGCUUGGUCAUUUUGUCGCAAGCUUCUCCACUUUCUUUGCUGGUAUAGUAAUUGCAUUUGCCAGCUGCUGGGAAGUCGCAAUGCUGUCCUUCCUGGUUAUUCCUCUGAUCCUCGCUAUCGGGGCAACAUAUACGAAAAAGAUGAACGGCAUAUCGUUGUCACGCAAUGCUAUCGUCUCAGAAGCAACAUCUGUUGUAGAACAGACAUUGUCACAUAUCAAGACCGUCUUCUCCUUUGUCGGAGAGAACUGGGCCAUGAAAUCCUUCGUCCAGUGCACACACAAUCAAUACAAACUAAGCAGGAAGGAAGCGAUGAUAAAGGGAAUAGGGCUGGGCUUGUUCCAGACAGUGACCUUUUGUUCAUGGGCACUCAUGGUUUGGAUUGGGGCAGUUGCAGUAAGCAAACGGACAGCAACAGGAGGUGGCACAAUAGCUGCCAUCAUGAGUAUCCUCUUUGGCGCAAUAUCAAUUACCUACGCUGCACCAGACCUUCAGACCUUUAAUCAAGCAAAAGCUGCAGGAAAAGAGGUCUUCAAGGAUAAGACAAUUCUCCGAGGAUUCUCAUUGUCCAUCCCAGCAGGCAAAGUCGUUGCUCUGGUAGGAGGUAGCGGCUGUGGGAAGAGCACAGUUAUUUCACUACUUCAAAGGUUCUAUGAUCCGACCUCAGGUGACAUAUUCAUUGAUGGUCAUAGUAUCAAGAAAAUUGAUCUGAAAUCCCUGCGCAGAAAUAUAGCUUCAGUAUCUCAGGAGCCAUCGUUGUUUUCUGGUACUAUCAAGGACAACUUGAGGAUUGGUAAAAUGGAUGCAACUGACGAAGAGAUAACUGAAGCAGCAACGACAGCUAACAUUCAUUCCUUCAUAUCUAAACUUCCGAAUGGAUACUUAACAGAGGUAGGAGAAAGAGGUGUGCAGUUGUCAGGAGGCCAGAAACAAAGAGUAGCUAUUGCAAGGGCAAUGCUGAAGGAUCCACCAAUUCUCCUCCUGGAUGAAGCAACAAGUGCCCUUGAUUCAGAAUCAGAAAAGCUAGUACAGGAUGCACUUGAGAGAGCCAUGAGUGGGAGGACUGUUAUCUUGAUUGCUCACAGGAUGUCCACAAUUGUAAACGCUGACACCAUUGUUGUUGUCGAGAACGGAAGAGUAGCACAAACUGGGACACAUCAAGAGUUGCUCGAGAAAAGCACAUUCUACUCAAACAUAUGCAGCAUGCAAAAUAUUGAGAAGGAAGCUGGAAAGAGGGUAGCAAGGUAA